AUGUGUCCCGUCCGUCAAUGGCGAUCGACGCGCAAUAUCAUGGAGCGGGGGAGUUCGGUGAUCUCGGGACGAAAUGGAGGAGGGAACGAGUUUCAAGUCGAAGGCCACUACCGAUGGCCGACGACCCUCUGCAAACAGAUAAACACUACUGCCAUUGCCCGGAUUAACAAGCCACCAUUGCCUCCCGUCCCUGCACCAUCGAUCCCGAGCGGCACACCCCAGCUAAUAGGCGGGGGCGCGGUGCCGAAUCAGGGUGCACCUCCACCUGGAGUUGGCGCCCCUAGUGGUGGUGCUCCAGCGCCCCCAGCUGGAGGUGCAGCUCAGGCCCCUGGAGGUGCAGCUCCUGCCCCUGGAGGCGCUCCACCGGGUCCAAAAGGCGUGCCUGCGCCUGGAGGGCCUGCCGUUCCUUCCGGAACCACGCCCGCGCCUCUGCCGUCACGCCCGCGGCAAUAUCGGGAAUUGGCUCCUCUCGAGUAUGGUUUUGUUUCACCGAAUUCCGGCCAAUACCGGAUACCUUCGGAAGCGGCCGCGCUUUCAGAGACAGGAGGCUCUGCGAUAAACGAGGCGUACCGAGCGGCAGCGACCGCUCCGGCUCUUCCAGAUGCAGGGGCCACCGUCUUCAGGAUACCCAGCAACACCCCGGCGCUGCUUCCGGAGACACCGCAUUUAAUACGCUUGGCCUCAAUCCCUCCGCUUGAGCGCCAGGGCGUUGGUUCGUUUCCAAUGCUGCCGACGGUCCGCCCGAAACAGACCAUCCACAUGGGUAUGCUGUUCUCAAAAGACAGUUCGGCUCUCCGGCCAUACGUUGGCUAUCAGACGUCCGCCUCGGCCGCGUUGAUAGCGAUCGAUCGCAUCCGGAAAGAACAUCUAUUGGAUGAUUACGAAUUCGAAUUCACGAUAAUGUUCGACGAGUGCCUUGAGAGGUCGGCGAUAGGCAUGGGUGUCGAGAUGCUGACGUCUUUGGACGUCGACCUGAUCGUUGGACCCACAUGCAAUACACCUGCGAUCGCCGUUGGUGUGUUGGCCUCGUAUUAUAACCUGCCAGUGUAUUUAUGGGGUGAGACGACCGCAUCGACGCUUGGUGUGCAGGAACGGUUUCCGACAACGUCUGUCCUGUCGCCAAACUCAUACAUGCUCGGAAAGGCCGUGCAGUCGUUGAUGGAGCACUAUGAAUGGACCGAAUUCGCACUCCUCUACUCGACGGAAGGUGACGCUGACAAAUGUGAAUAUGUUCAAAGCGAUAUUCAGGAUGCUAUUGGCGGGUCGCCUAAAGUUUUCAUUUCCUACGUCGGCGACCUGCGGGGCCUGGAAACGGUCAAUUUCAAAGCGACCCUGUCCCUACUGCGUUUCAGGGCUAGAAUUUUUGUCUUGUGCAUUCCGGAGAUCAACGCAGCCAAGAGGAAGUUCAUGCUAGCGGCGAAGGAUCUAGGAAUGCUAACCGACGAAUUCCUCUACAUUUUUGCCGACAUGAAGACUCUCGGAUACAAAGCAAUCACGGAAACGGGAGACUAUCGAGACAUCUGGGUGGAUGUCAACAAGCCGUCAGAUGGUCGAGAUCUAGAAGCGCUCGAGGCCUUCCAAAAAACAUUUGUGGUCUCGGAUCUGAUGAACUACGGCUCCUACACGGACGCGGUGAAGCAAUUUGAGGAGCAGGUGAUCAUCCGAAUGGCCGAUCCCCCAUUCAACUGCACGGCCGGGUGCUCAAAUGAGGUGUAUAAGCGCGCGUCCACCUAUUCCGGACAACUUCACGACGCCGUGCUGCUCUAUGGCUACGCGGCAAACAAGACGCUUGGACAGGGAAUUUCGCUCCGUAACGGGAGCAGCAUCCUCGAGAACGCUGACAUGACUUUUGAAGGGGUCACGGGCACCGUGAUCAUUUCGAGCAAUGGCACCCGAAUGCCCUACUUCUAUUUUGUUGGGCUGAAUCAGUCCAAUUUGCAGAUGAACUAUGCGCGCAUAUUUGUGCAGGGGCAGAUAUCUUCCACAUUCACUUCAAUCAUCACGGACACUGGUGCAAUCUUUUUCGCCAACGGUGGAAAACUGCCGCUGGCCGUGCCGCUCUGUGACUUUGACGGCUCAAAGUGUCCGGCAUCGAUUUGGGAACUGUAUGGAGUCUACAUCAUCAUCGGCAUCGUCGUUCUCUCCCUUGCCGUCCUAUCGCUAAUCAUCGGCAUCAUUUACAUCAUCCGGGCGAGGAUGCUGGAAGAGGAACGGCUGAUGCUCAUCUGGCAAAUACCCUCGGUACAGCUCCAGAAAGUGCAGAUUAACAAAAAGUCUGUCGGGAAAAGCAAGCAUUCUCUGCACAGUGACUAUUCUGGAAGCACAGCGCUCAGCCAGGAAGACAGGUUGAUGGAGAAUUGGAAACAAGGGAAGUUUUUGCUGUACAUCUACGAGCGAGAAAAAGUGCUGGUGGUAAAGCACACUGGGAAGCCGCGAAUCGACAAGGCUGAAUGUCUCGAAAUGCGCAAUAUGCGACAGUAUGAAAACGACAACGUCAACCGCUUCAUUGGCCUCUCGGUGGACGGACAGCACUACUUGUCGGUAUGGAGGCUCUGCUCCCGUGGUACUCUUUCUGAAGUGCUCAUCAACUCUCCCAUCAAAAUGGACGCUUUCUUUGCCUUCUCCUUAAUCCGAGACGUGCUAUCGGGUCUCGCCUUCAUCCACCGCACUCCCGUCGGCCUUCACGGAAAUCUCACUUCAGAAUGUUGCUUGGUGGAUGAGCGAUGGCAAAUCAAAAUCAGUUUAUUUGGGCUGCAGGGGAUUCAGGCGAUGGACAAAAAGGUCAAGCGAGAUCUUCUGUGGACAGCCCCGGAAAUCCUUCGCGACUCCAGCAACCCACCCACUAAAGCGAGCGACAUCUACUCCUUCGCUAUCAUUUCGUCUGAGAUCCUGAUGCGAAGCCCGCCCUGGGACGUCGAUCAACGAAAGGAGAGAAUUGACGAAUUGAUCUACAUGAUCAAAAAGGGCCGACAUCCGCCCAUGCGACCUGAGAUCGACCUGACGAACAUGCCAGACAUGAACACCUCUAUGGUACACCUAAUCACCGACUGCUGGUCGGAAAACCCGCUCGACCGACCUCCUAUCGAUAAAGUGCGCGCGUCGAUGCGAAACAUUUAUCACGGAAACAACAACAAUCUAAUGGAUCACGUAUUCCACAUCAUGGAACAGCACGCUGAAAUGCUCGAACAGGAGGUGGAUGAGAGGACGAAAGAACUGGUGGAAGAGAAGGGGAAAAGCGACCUGCUCUUGUACCGGAUGCUGCCGAAAACGGUUGCCGAUAAAUUAAAGGUCGGUCAGACCGUAGCCCCGGAAUCAUUCGAACUGGUUACAAUCUUCUUCUCGGAUGUGGUCUCGUUUACAACCUUAGCGGCUCGAUGUACUCCCAUGCAGGUGGUCGACAUCCUCAACGGCUUGUACUCGAUCUUUGAUCAUGUCAUUGAAACGCAUGACGCCUAUAAGGUAGAAACUAUUGGAGACGGCUACCUUUGCGUCUCUGGACUGCCGAAGCGCAAUGGCAACGAGCACGUCAAGGAAAUUGCUGAGAUGUCGUUGGAGUUGCGGAAGCAGGUUGCCACGUUCCGCAUUGCGCAUUUGCCGAAUGAAAAAGUGCUGCUGCGUAUUGGGUUGCACACAGGGUCUUGCGUAGCUGGAGUAGUCGGGCUCACGAUGCCAAGGUACUGCUUGUUUGGCGAUUCUGUCAAUACGGCGAGCCGAAUGGAAAGCAACGGAAUGGCAAACCAAAUUCAUAUGAGCGGCGACUGCAACAACUACUUGCAAUCGUUCUAUCCGGGCCGUUUUCAUACGGAGACUAGGGGCGACGUCAUCAUCAAGGGCAAAGGCGUCAUGCAGACCUAUUGGCUGCUCGGGCACAGUCAAGAUUUCGUACAUGCUGUUUACUUUCUCGAAUCGAUCGGAGGAUUUUAUAUGACCAGCGCUGUUGUCUAUAUCGAGAAGCAGUUCCAAAUUCCGUCCCGGCUCUCCGGUACGAUGGUCUCAGCCGGAGACUUUGCCUACAUCCCGAUCGUGGUGUUUGCGAGUUAUUUUGGAGGCAAGGGGAACCGAGCCCGAUGGAUCGGCGCCGGGUGUAUACUGAUUGGAAUUGCGAACCUACUGAUUGCCGCAUCAAACUUUGUAUUCCCGGUGGAGGAGUUCAACCUGGAUGGCAAAAAUGUGCCUGUCGCGCUCGCCUACGAAACAGCAAUAGCCCAAAACCGCUCGGGUAUCGUGUCGUUCGAGGAAGUGCUUAAUCGAGCUGACACAACAGGAGAGCUUACAGCCGCCUUUGCUGGCAAACGCUACAACCAUAUUUCGGCAGCAUCACCGUUUGCCAGCUACCAAUACCUAUGCUUUUACAAGGAGGGCUCGACUGCUUGUCGUCGUAUUACGGAAAUUUUGCACCCGAUGGUGGCUGUCGACGAGGAAGUUGUGGCCGGCGUUAGGAUUCUAUCCUCGUACCCUUUCGCCUUCUGCCAUGCCGGAUUGAACCGUCUACGACAAAAGAACAAUGAAAUCGAAUGUGCGAAGGAUCGCAGCUCCACCGGCCCAUUCUUAACCAUCUUCACCGGUUUGCUGAUUCUCGGUGUCGGCAGGACAAUGCCCUUCUCACUGGGACUUCCACUGAUGGACGACAACGUCAAGAAGCAAAAUCUACCCGUAUAUUUCGCCGGGAUGUUCUUUGUCAAAAUCCUCGGACCCAUCCUCGGUCUGCUCGCCGGCAGCGUGCUCAACAAGAUCUACGUCAACUUCAAGCCGCCGCAAGGCCUGACGCCGCUUGACCCCGCUUGGAUUGGUUGCUGGUGGCUGGGGUUCAUGAUCUUCGGGCUGUUGCUGCUGGGACCAUCGAUUGCCCUAUUUUUGUUCCCCUCCGACGAUAUGGACGUGGAUGCAAAGGACGCUGAAGAACCGCUGAAUGGGGCAGCACCAGCAAAAAAGCAACGCCGAUUGAUCCUGGUCGACAAGCACGUUCGCAAGAAGUCCGACGGCCAGGCCUUCAUGCCGGAGACAAUGCAGGACAAAUUUGCGGAUUUUAAGAAGACCCUGGUGGCCGUCCUGAAGAGCCCAAUCUACACGGGAUCGCUGCUCGGUAGGAUCGUCGACGUGCUGGCAUUCAAGGGAUUCUUCGUGUUUCUCGGGAAAUACAUGGAGCUGCAGUUCGGCGUGCCGCAGCAUAAAAUUCAAAAAUUCAUGGCCGGAAGCGGUGUCGUCGGUUUCGCUCUUGGGGUCGGGUUUGGUGCAUUUGCGAUGCGGAAGUUUCGGUUGCAGGGACGCAAGGCAGCAGCCUGGGUAGGUGUGUGCUCGUUGAUGGCCGCCUGUCUUUCUUUCCUGAACGCUGGGGUCGGAUGCAACAGUGUGCUCGGUGACAUCGGCCAGCAAGCUAUGCGCACGAACAACACCUUCCCUUCCUGCCGGGCUGACUGUGUCUGCGACACGAUGCCGUUGUAUCCCGUGUGUAACAAGGAGGGCAAAGUUUUCUACUCGCCAUGCCACGCUGGAUGCCCCUUGGGCGGCGCCAAUUUCACGCUGUUUGCGGAAAAACCGGCAAACGAAACGCUGCCUGUUUUCAAUGAUUGCGCGUGCGCAGGUACCGAAGAUGGCGAGGUCUCUCGCUCGCACUGUCCGGUUGAGCAAUGCGAGUGGCAAUUCAAAAUCUAUUUCGCCAACCAGGCGAUUGGCGCCCUCUUCGGCGGGAUGGGCGUUGUGCCCGCCAUGUUAAUCAUUUUGAGGUCCGUUGCCCCAGAACACCGUAGCGUAUCGUUGGGUAUCAACGGCUUUGUCGUCAGUCUUUUCGCGACUCUCCCAUCGCCAGUGAUGUGGGGAAAAUUAAUCGACAUGUCUUGCAUUGCCUGGUCGACGAAAUGUGGUGAAACUGGGGCUUGCUCUCUGUAUGACAACGAGCAGCUGCGGUUACGCCUGCACUUCAUAUAUGGUGGUUUGCGUCUUAUAUCCCUGUUCUCUGACAUCUGGGUAUUCUACUGGGCCAAAGGACUCAAACUACUUGACGAAGAAGACGUGGUCACGGCUGAGCACACAGCAGACAACCCACCGGAUUUGCACGCGGGCGAGGCAAAUGGAAAACGAAGAACAACACCAGAUGAGGAAGCUCGGGAAAGGAAAAUGACAACCGAGGCACGCGAACUCUUACAACAACUUGAGGAAGGU